UGCUUAUCUUUGUCCGUUCUCCCAUUAAACGACGGCUAAACUCAUGUCUUCUGGCGCAUGACGCGCAUCACAAAACGAUACGUUAUUUCCCAAGCGUUCCAUGCGGCCACGCCUCCUAAACCUGUAUUUUCAGGCACACUCUCUCUAGUCCACUUUCAUGGGGAAGGCAGAGCCAGCUCGAAUGAUUCUGUCCUCAAAUCCCUCUCUAAGGAAACCAAUAUUAAAGAAGCCAUUAAGAUAUUGGAACGUUCAGACAAUGUGGGUAUCGGUGCUUAUACCCGGCUUCUUGAAGCUUGCAUUCGAUCGAAAUCGCUUAGUGGAGGGGAGAAAAUCCAUCAGUAUCUCCUUAAGAACAAUACUCAUAUUAGAAGUUCCAUUGUUUUGGAGAAGCUUACCCGUUUGUAUGUUGAAUGCGGUGAAGUUGAACUUGCUCGCAAUGUUUUUGAUAGAAUUCCGAACCCAAAUGUCGUUUUGUGGAACUCGAUGAUUCGGGCUUAUUCUUGGGAUGGACUAUUUGACCGAGCCGUUGAUCUGUACUAUGAAAUGUGUGAUAUGGGCGUCGAACCCAACAAAUUCACUUUCCCAUUUGUUCUCAAGGCAUGUUCAGUUUUAAAAGCGUUGGAAGAUGGUAAAAAGAUUCAUGAUCAUGCCAAAAGGAUUGGGUUGGAUUUCGAUAUCUAUGUUUCAACUGCUUUAGUGGAUCUAUAUUCUAAAUGUGGAUGUCUCAACGAGGCGCAAAUCAUUUUUGAUAAAAUGCCAAAAAGAGAUGUUGUUGCAUGGAAUGCCAUGAUUGCAGGGUCUGCACUUCAUGGGCUUUACAAAGAUACAAUUGGGUUGUUCUUAGAAAUGCAGAAAGCAGGGACGAAUCCUAACACUUCAACAAUUGUCGCCGUUUUGCCCACAGUUGGCCAGGCCAAGGUAUUGAAUCAGGGAAAAAGCAUGCACUGUUAUUGCGUUAGAAGGACUUUUGAUAAAGAUGUGCAGGUGGGAACUGCGGUCCUGGAUAUGUAUGCAAAAUGUGAGCAACUGGAUUAUGCUAGACGAAUUUUCAAUACCAUGGGAGUUAGGACAGAAGUAACUUGGAGUGCAAUGAUUGGUGGAUAUGUUUCAUGUGGUUGUAUGGGAGAAGCAUUGAAGAUGUUCGACCAGAUGUUGCUUAAGGAUGAAAUGGAUCCAACACCAGCUACACUCGGGAUUGUUCUUAGAGCUUGUGCAAAGCUGACAGAUAUCGAUAGAGGGAGACAGAUCCAUGGUUAUACAAUUAAGUCAGGCUUUCUUUUGGAUAUAAUGGUAGGGAACUCACUUCUUUCUAUGUAUGCUAAGAGUGGACUCAUUGACGAUGCAAUUAGCUUGUUCAAUAAAAUGGAGGCAAAAGAUACUGUUUCUUAUGGUGCAAUCAUCUCAGGAUGUGGGCAAAAUGGUAAUGCAAAAGAGGCUUUGUUCAUAUUCCACAAAAUGCAAGUAUCUGGGGCCCACCCAGAUCUGGCAACCAUGCUUGGAGUGCUUCCAGCAUGUGCGCAUUUGGCUGCUUUGAAACAAGGACGCUCAGGCCAUGGGUAUUUGAUUGUUCAUGGAUUUUCAUCAGAUACCUCAAUUGGGAAUGCAUUGAUUGACAUGUAUUCAAAAUGUGGUAGAAUAGAUGUUGCCAGGGAAGUUUUUGAUAGGAUUCCAAAGCAGGAUAUUGUAUCAUGGAAUGCUAUGAUAGCUGGUUAUGGAAUUAAUGGGCUUGGCAUGGAAGCACUUAGGCUUUUUCAUGAUUUGCAAAAAGUGGGUAUAAAGCCAGAUGACGUGACUUUUGUUUGUAUCUUAUCUGCUUGUAGCCAUUCGGGACUCAUUACUGAAGGGAAACACUUAUUUUAUGCGAUGAAUAAAGAUUUCAAUAUUAUCCCAAGGAUGGAACACUAUAUCUGCAUGGUUGAUCUUUUGGGUCGAGGUGGAUUUCUGGAUGAAGCACACAAUUUCAUCCAAAGGAUGCCAUUUGAGCCAGAUGUUCAAGUAUGGGGUGCCCUACUUGGUGCCUGUAGGAUCCAUGGGAAUAUUGAGCUAGGGGAGGUAGUAUCAAAAAACAUUCAAAGACUAGGACCUGAAGGUACUGGAAAUUUUGUACUGCUAUCCAACAUAUAUAGUGCUGCAGGGAGAUGGGUUGAUGCGGCUCAUGUUAGGAUUGUGCAGAAGGAUUGGGGAUUUAAGAAGAGCCCUGGAUGCAGUUGGGUUGAGGUAUCUGGAAGUGUUCAUGCAUUUAUUGGUGGUGAUCAUUCCCAUCCACAAUCAGCAUUGAUAUAUGAGAAGUUGGAGGAACUUCUAGUGGAGAUGAAGAAAUUGGGUUAUCAUGCAGAUGCUAGUUUUGUGUUCCAGGAUGUUGAGGAGGAGGAGAAAGAAAGAAUUCUCCUUUACCACAGUGAGAAGCUAGCAAUUGCAUUUGCAAUUCUAAGUUUGAGCCCUAACAAGACUAUUUUUGUUACUAAGAAUUUGCGGGUCUGUGGGGACUGCCACUCUGCAAUAAAAUUCAUCACUAUGGUGACAAAGAGAGUGAUAAGUGUAAGAGAUACAAGUCGGUUUCAUCAUUUCAAGGAUGGAACUUGCAACUGCAGAGAUUUCUGGUGAGGAAGAGGAUAUAUGUAGUAAAGAAAUGGUAUCAAUGGCAUUUGAUGUGGGGAGGUCAUACUUGUCUUGUUUUACAUGAUAAAAAGGCCAUCACCAAUUGUGAUUGCAACCAUCCAGGGUCUUGAGAAGGAUAGGCUGGAUAUAGACCUAAUCUUGGCAGUUUUUGAAUUCUAAGCAUUGGCAAUUUGGUAAUACUGGAGGCAUGCACAACACAUACAUCACAUGUGACAUGUCAGGUGUUGGACUCACCAUCCAAUCUGUUCCACUAAUGGAAUCACUGUCAGAAAGAUCUCUCCAAAUGGAUAUCCGGUUUGCCUGAUUUGCACAUGCUUUUCUGAUUGUCAGAAAAAAGUAUUGCAAUUGCCUUUGAAGGCAGAAGACAGUUCGCCCUGGAAUUGAACUAACCUCUUUGAUCCUGCUAUAUGCAUUAAUAAGCUAUUUCAAGAUUGUUGAAGCAGUGGUUGCAGAGCUGUAGGCAAUAUAUUCUUGCUUCCAUUGAAAACUUUGCUACACGGCGUUGCUUCUUAUUGCUCUAGGAGAUUGCUCCUCCCAUGAGGAAGAUGGAACCAAGUGUGGAUUUUCAAUCAUUUGGAUCUCCUACAAAAUCAGCAUCACAAUAAUCUAUUAAUUCUAAUUCAUCACAGCAAUAGGUUAGUCUAUAAUUCUUUGUAGAUGCAAAUAUCUAAGUAUUCUCUUAAUGAUUGCCUAAUGAACAGUCCCUAGGUUACUGUGAAACUUGCUUACAAGAUUUACAGCAUAAGAUAGGUUUGUUCUAGUGCAUAACAUUGCAUACAUUAGACUACCUACAGCUUGUGCAUAAGGGAUUUUGUCCAUUUUGGUCUUAUCUAAAUCAGUUUUUGGGCACAUUUCCUUUAAAGUUUUGUUCCUUACAAAUAGGAGUUUCUACUCCUUUGCAAGUUCCAUGGUUAAAUCUCUUUUAUAAUGGUGUCUAUGUGAUUAUCUUGUGAAAGAUAUAGUUUCUUAGACUUUCUCUCUCUUUCUAUUUUUAUACCUAGUACAUAAUCAGCAUUUUCCAUAUCUUUCAUCUCAAAAUUACAUUAACCAAUUUCUGGUUUUAUCAACUGUUGUUAAAUCAUUACUUGCAAUCAAAAUAUCAUCCACAUACAAUGAUAAAAUAACAAAGGAACUCCCACUAUUCAAGCAAUAUACACAAUGAUCAAAAGGAUUUAGAAUAAAGCCUAACUUCAUAAUGGCAUCAUGAAAAGGAUAAUACUACAUUCUAGAAGGUUGUUUCAAUCCAUACAAAGCUUUCUUUAGUUUAUAAACCUUAUUUUCAUAAUUUCAUUUCCUUCCAGAACAUAACCUUCAUGUUGAGUCAUGUAAAUUUCUUCAAUGCUAGUCCAUGCACUGUCCCCAUAAGCGUGUGCAUGCCCACGAGGAAUCCUGGUAGCCAUGUAGCCAUUAACCAGGAUCACUCCAUGAGGGAUGAAUGGUCUUUGGAGUGCAACGGUAGGCACCGUAGGAGGUAAAUACCCCUCCUCAAAGAGGGCUUUAAGCUUUUGAGAUUUUGCCAGAAGAAAACAUCAGGAUGGCUGAAAAAUCAUACUGUAGAAUUUACGUCAACAUCACUCAACACAGCCCAUUAAGUGUAGGUAGACUAAGCCUACUUUUAGACAAUGAUAAUGUGGCAGCCAUGUGUGUUCCAUGGCCAUACAAGUGUCACCAUUAUGCGACUGUCACAUGUCACUAUUAUACAUGUGAUUGCGACAUGGCAGCCACGUGUUUUCCACAGCCAUACAAUCAUCAAUAUA